AAACUACCUCUCCUUAGCCACCGCGUCGGCCACGAGCAGCCGCAGCCCGCGCACGUACUCGCUCGCCUCGGCAUCGCUCCGGGCAACCAAAUCAAGCGUCCGCCCGUCGGCCAUGUCAAGGACGAAGGCGCGCCCCGCAUGGCUCGGGUGCAGGCCCUUUCGCAGCGCCUCGGUGCCGCCGUGGGUGGGAUUCUUCGGGUCCGGCUCCAAGGCCGUCCGCACGCGCUUGAUGUCGGUCAAAGCGUAGACCUUGCGCGGCGUCAUGCGCGGCUGCGAUUUCUCGCCCGGCAUUGGGCGCCACGUGAACGUGCGCCGUGCGGCGUCGACGAGGGAGAAGACGCGGCGCUGCGACGCGCCGUUUCGUCCGAAUUUUAUGAGCCGCAGCCCGUUUGCGAAUUUCUGUUCGAAGUCUGCGCGCGCCGCCUGGUCGUCCAAGCGCGCGGGGCGCGGCAGCGGCGGCGCGGCUGGUGCCUCUGCCGGCACCUCAUCGUCCUUCGGCAGGCAGAUCUCCAGGAGCGGGCCGGGCAUGGAGUUGCCCAUGAUUUAUGCGUGUGAUCUUGAUUUUGCACCCGCCUUGGCUGCCCUAUCAUUUGCAAUCGAUCAAAUCUGUCGAGCUCGAAGCCGUGAGCGUCUAGACGCCCAGGCUCGCCGCCAAAAUGGAUUUAUUUGCCUCGCAAUCGAUAUCAAAGUUG